GGCUCGGAGGUGCUGGUGAAUCAGGCUGCAGGCACGUCCAGGGGAGCGGAGAGCCGGAGAGCACGACCCACCACCUGUCCUGGCUCACCUGGGAAGGGGCAGUACUCUUCCUGGGAUGCUUUUCCUGGUAAAGUUACAGCUGCUGAAGGUGUGAAGGACGUUGGUGGUGUGUUUGAGCAUUCCGGUUCCCUUCCAGCGGUACAUGCUCUCCCUCCCCUCAUGGCUCGUCGAUCGCAAAGCUCGUCGCAGGGGGACAAUCCCCUUGACCCUAACUAUCUUCCCCCCCAUUACAAGGAGUAUUACCGCUUAGCUCUGGAUGUGCUUACUGAAGAGGGCAAAGAAAGUUACCAACGCUUCUUGUCAGAAGAGGCAGCCCCUGAUUUUCUUUGCAACUCAGAGGUGGAUCACAUCAUACAGAAUCUCCAGAAACCCCAGUACGCCAAUCAGGAAGGCAGCACAGACACCACAGGUGACAAUGACAUGGAUGGAUCCUCUGGGACUUACUGGCCCAUGAACUCGGACCUCGCUGUUCCUGAGCUUGACCUGGGCUGGCCAAUGGUCUUUGGGUUCAGGGGAACAGAGGUGACAACCCUCGUGCAACCACCACCCCCAGACAAUCCCAGCAUUAAGGAGGAAGCUCGCAGAAUGAUUCGAGCAGCUCAACAGGUGGUGGCCAUAGUGAUGGACAUUUUCACUGAUGUGGACCUGCUGUUUGAGGUGUUGGAUGCUGCUGCUCGCAGAGUGCCCGUGUACAUCUUGCUGGAUGAAAUGAACUCUCAGCUUUUCCUUGACACGGCUGCUAAAUGCAGAGUCAAUCUUAACUAUGUGGAGUUCCUGAGGGUGAGGACAGUUUCUGGCCCAACAUACUACUGCCGCACAGGGAUGUCCUUCAAAGGCCACGUGAAAGAGAAAUUCCUCUUGGUGGACUGCAUGGUGGUGCUGAGUGGCAACUACAGUUUUAUGUGGUCUUUUGAGAAGAUUCACAGAAGCAUUGCACACAUCUUUCAGGGAGAGCUGGUGGCCAGCUUUGACGAAGAAUUCCGAAUUCUGUUUGCACAGUCAGAACCCCUUGUUCCUCCAGCCAACGUCUUGGCAAAGGCAGAAAACACAUUUGCCAUGACUCCCUUUGGCAGUAACAUGCCUUUCUUUCCAAAAAAAGCACCCCUGAUGUUCCAGAGGGAUGACAGUCUUUUUCCCUCCUUUAUGGACAGAGUCGAUCCAGACAGAUACUUCCUGUCAAAUUUCAGGCGGGAUGACAUGUUGCGCCAUACUGUGGAGGGUUCGGCCAUGCGAAUGUAUAAAAAGGUGGAAAUGGAGAAUUCUCAGAUGGAUCCUGUCAGGGGUUUUCUCCGUUCCAAGCAGUUGGAGUUGGAUGCUUUUAAGAGACACAGUUUUGCAGAAGGAACAUUUGAAAAUUUUGCUUCUUCUAAACAGUAUGCCAGGCAGAUGUUCAUGAACAAUAUGGAUGAAUUUAAAAUCCAAUCUAGUCAUUUUCAGAAGGAUCAGUUCUACCAGUACCAGUUUGAACAUCCCCAUCUUUCUGGCAGACCACAGGGACUCUUUGACAGAAUCCGAGGUGGUAGGCCAGGAUUCAAUGAACUGGAAGACUAUGGAGAGGGACCCAGAUACCCUGAACUUGAAUCCAGUUUUCCACAGGAGGGUUUCCCCUUAAGGCUGGAUUACGUACCUUCAAAUUCUUCCAGGGAAGUGAGACAUGGCUCUGAUCAGCUGAAUCCUGCAGGCAACGGCCCAAUGGGAAUGAUGUUAAGAAGGCAGAAUAUAGGACAGAAAUUUAUUUGCCAGACUUCUCCUACACAGAAACAAAGCCUGGAACAACGCCUGUUCUUACAAGACAAAGAUGAGGACCAAGAUGAAGACAAGAAUACACAGGAAAAUAGAACAGGUUUACGUAACUGGAGGAUUUCUUCAUACCUUAGUGCAUACCAGUCCGAACCAGAAGAAGGUCUUCCAAUGCCUAUGGAAUCAGAGGCAUAUAAUGAUGUUCUUGGGGACACCCUCACAAAGCACCCCACUGAUCUCAUCCCAGCAUUCAAAUCCCCUAUGUCUUUUAAUAGCAAGCCACUGGGAAUUGAAAGUGCCAAAGAAUUUACAGAUCCUGACAGAGUAGGUGAAGAAACCCCUAUAAUGAAACAAGAUGCCUUUAGGUCCAGAAUAAAUCCUUUGAUCCAGAGGAGCUCAAGACUCAGGUCCUCUCUGAUUUUCAGUGCUGCCAAGUUAGAUCAGCCUAACACCACAAUAGAAAAGGUUCAGAUGAUCCAAAAAGAACAAAUGUCCAGUGAGUUGACAAAAGACAAUGAAACUAUCAAGACAGCUGCCUCAUCUAAAGUGGCAGAACUUUUAGAGAAGUACAAAGCUGUGGGCAAAGACACAGAGAGAGUCACUCAUACCAAAGCUGUUUCCAGUUAUCUACAGGAAGAGUCACAGAACACAGAGAAGAAAUGUACCAAGUCUGUGCAAUAUAAGAUUCUGGAGAGUAGGGUACUAGACUCCAAAGACUCCUGCAGUACUUACAAAAUGCAUGGAGAGGCCGACAGACCAUUUGGAAUGGCCUCAUCAACCCCCCAGCUUGUUGACACGUUGAGUAAAGAUCCCCUAGCACAUAUUAGCACUAAGGUGGACAAAUUAUCAUCUCGGUUUUACCCUGUAGAGAAUAAACCUGCUCUUCCGGAGAAGGAGAGUCUUAUAUUUGUAGGAGACACUCAGAAAUUGACUCUUCCAGAGAAGAAGGAAAGAGUGACAUUCAAAGACGACACUCAAAAAUUAGUCAAUACAGAAAUGAAGAAACCACAGAUUAGGGCAAGUACCACAUCAGUUCUUGAAAACUUAUCUAGAAGUCAAGGAUCUGACAGCUCUCUCAAUAAAUCUGAGGAAGAUUGUUCAAAACAAGAACAAAAUCCAAUGGAAUUUUUAAGAAAAGGGUCACUACGGCUGAAGCAGCUUUUGAACCCAAAAGGUGAAAAGAAAUUGGAGGAGGAACCCACUUCUGAGAGUGGAAAAUCUGACAAGCAGGCUGUGGUUCUCAAACGAUCGUCUAUAGGGGACUGUCAGGAAAUGAUGGAGGAAGAAAAAAGCCAUAAAUUUGCAACACCGCUUCCUCCCAAAAGCAGCCAGCCGACACAGGGGAGAUUUCCUUCAUCCACAGCUAACAUCCUGUACAGCAGCAACCUCCGUGAUGAUACCAAGGUGAUUUUGGAACAAAUCUCUGCAAACAGUCAGAAGAACAGAGCUGAACUGGCCAAACAACUGCCAUCCACUAGUAAUCCUGAUCUUUCUAAGUCAACUACAAGCUUGGAAAGGAAAGGUGAGAAGGAGAAAAGCUGUAACAUCCACAGGUCAGAGAGUUUUGGGAGCCAGAAACGAAAUCUUCAGCGGCAACCAUCAGAGGAUAGAGAUACCCUUCUGAAAAAAAUGGAGAAUAUGCGGAAGGAGAAGCGAGUCUACAGUAGAUUUGAGGUCUUCUGCAAAAAGGAUGAACAUACAAGUCAAAGCGAAGAGGAAUACGACACAGAUGCCAAAGACAAGAAGAUGGGAAAAUUCAUGCCCAAAAUCCUGGGGACCUUCAAGACCAAAAAAUGAUCAUAGAAAUACUAUUUAAUUCCAUAUAAUCACUGACUGUCAAAGGGGAAUGAGGAAGUAACUUGUUUAUGAUGGCUAUAAGCAUCAUAGGCCAUACUCUUCGUGGUUAGUGAGUGGAAAUGUGUUCGGCAUUAGAACUCCUAUGGCACAAUUUGCCCAAUAAAGUCAAGUGGUAUCAGGCAACCUUAUCACAGUACGUUUCAAAUAAAAUUAUUAAAUUGCCAAGAUGCUUAAAACAAAGAAAUAAAGUAAGAGUCUUUUUAUGUUAUGCUUAGGGAAUGUUUUCAGCAGACAAAACAAUUCCAUUUUCAGAAGGAAACAAUUAAAAAUAGAAAAUUCAAUACUUGAGCUCUGUCCAGGAAAGAAAAAUACACACAGACACAUACACCUAUGUGCAUUAGCUGGAAACAGUGUUUAAAAACCAAAUGUUUCUUAGGUACAGAUAUCUUUUCUUUGUAUCUAAUAACGAAUCAAAUAUGGGAGGCACCUUUUUGAAGGUUUACAGGAGGAAAAAACAUUGUAAACAACUUUUUGCCCUUAUCUAUGGUUAUGGUCUUGUUUAGCAGUGCCUGCUCAGCUUUCAUAUUUACCAUGUUCUAAGCCUAUUGGUUCUGUUCUCUUAUUGUUUUGUUUCCUUUUGUAUAAUGUAGUGUUGCUUUAGGGGGUGAGCUGAAAGAAGCAGCUGAAAGGCCAUAGAAAAGGAAAUGGACCUGCUGUUAAAGGAAGACCCGUUUUUAGGACUCCUUUGCAGCUGAGUUGGGACUUUAAUUAGGCGUCUAAAAUGCUGUCUUGGCCAAGUAGUAACUUCCUCGACAAUGUAACUCCAAUUAAGUGAUUGUGGGGAGGAAGGGGCCUUCAUUUGUUAGCACAUCUUUCCAUGCGAAGACAAGGAAAGAAGGGACUUAUAAUGGAAGGAAUAAGGCUGCUGGAAAUUUCAAGCUCAGAAGUGUUUUCUCUCAUGUAACUGUCCUGCAGUAGUUUGGUACCAAGCAGCUUUAAAACAGCCCAGAUCAGUCUGUAGGUUCAUGCCGUUGUGUUAGAGCAUCUUGCGGGACAGAAGGUAGAGACAGAGGCUGUCAAGAAAAUGCUGUACAUAAUGUUUAGUUACUUAGCUGUUUGGUGUUUUGCCGUCAUCUUGGACACUCUGUGCUUGGCAUCCAGGAUUGCCAAAUUGGGAUUUUUAUUUUUUUUCCUGACGGCGAAAAAUGCUCUCACAUGGAACUAGGCUUCUGAACUUCCCAUUCCCAUUAGUUUGGGUUUCAUGAUUACCCCCUUGUGACACCAGCUGCAAGCUCAGCAAACCAGUUCAGGUACAUGGCUUACAGAUGGGGGCAAGAGGCCACAUCAGUGCCGGAAGGUAACUUUAGUAGGGUCUUUAAAACUUUAUCUUUUUUUUAGGAUGCCAGCUCCCAUGGUAGCAGGCUUUAUAUAAUUUACAUAUCUGUAACAAUUAAUGAUUAUUUUACUGUUCAUUGAAAACCUUGGGAAAUGAAUGUGCAGAAAGAUACAUUGUCUGAUCUGAAAAAAAGAGGAAGCUGAUUUCCAUAUUAAUACAGAUGGUGGUAAAAAUCUGCCAGAAUCAAGAGGAAUUAUUGUUUUGACAUAAGAAGGUAAACCUAGAAAUUAAGUUAAGAGAGGAAAAAAAAGAAAAAAAAAGGAGGGAAGAAGCAGCCAAAAUUGGAAAAAAAGCUGAAAUGGAUUUCUUACGCUUAUUCCAUGUUGUAUAAAUGUAUGCCAUUUCAGAUACAUUUGUACAAAUUCAUAAAGAAUUGCUGUAUAUAUAUUUCAUCUGCUCUUUGUAAUGAUUCAGAUCCAGUUAUUAGUGGGUCUCAAAAUGAACUGUAAUGAUCAAUACAGUUGUCCUCUACUAGAUGAGAGAGAUAGAGAUUAUUUUACUCUAGAGAGGAAGACAGGCCAUAUAGAUAUACAUCCUAUGAUAUAUAGGCUAGCCCUGUUUUGUGUAAUUCUUACUCACUUCAUUCUAUACCUCCCCAGCCUUUCACAAACCUACC